AUGGCGUCUAAGCUUGAUCUGUUUGUAUAUCCAAAUGAAAAUGGUUUUAUCGGUAAACUUACAUUGAAUACUACUGGUAAUGCUGAUGUUAAAAAGAGUCUUCUAUCGAAAUCGAAAGUUUCUACUAUUGUUAUUCUCGAUCGAUCUGGGUCAAUGGGCAAUUCGGUUCCAAGAUUUGUUAAUCAGAUCUUACCUUCGAUCUUCAAAGCUCUUGGCUAUCAUAGCGAUGAUGUCAUUACAUUAAUCACAUUUGAUAAUCAAGCCAAUGUAUUCGACAUGCGCUUGAAGAAUUUCAGCACCUUUGCUAUUAAAUGUCAAGGUGGAACGUACAUGGCAACGGGCAUCACAGCAUUGACUGAUUUUAUUCUCAAUAAAUUACCAAAAGAUUGCCGAAGCUUACGAUUAUUGACAAUAUCGGAUGGAGAAGUAGCAGAUCAACAGCUUGUACAAUCAUUAGCAGCUCAGUUAGCUACAUUGAUCAAAAAUGAUUUCAUAAUCAAUUCUCAAGCAGUUCGACUGUUCACUUCGAGUGCCCAGCCAGACACUCGAGCUGUGUCAAGUCUUUUACAACUUAAUAAUGUUUCAAGUGUUAAUCUACUCGAUCUACGAACCGAUUUAGGAAACGAACUCAUUGCUUCGACGAUCGCGAGUUUAUAUUCGGAUGAUUCUUUAGAUCGAAAUGCUCUUUUGAAGUCCAACGAAGCGAUUCUGAAAAGUAACCCAUGGCAAAGUACGACGUAUGACACGAUUCCACUAUUUUCCGGUGAAAAUUUAUUUUGGUUAAGCAAAUUACCGACAGGAAAUCUAACUGUUGGCGACAGCAAUGUUGAAGUUCAUAUGCAGCAAAGUUUAACGGUCGAUAGCUAUGAAAAACUAUUGAAAACGAAAAUCGACUAUUAUAUAAAUCAAAUGAAGAUUUUAAAAGUUGUCAAUACAAAAGAAUCACUCGAUGAAAUCAAUAAAAUGAUGGCUUAUUUUCAGAAUAUGGAAAGUUCCCUGUCAGGCAAUGAAGAUGAUGUUCAAGCUCUUCUCAACGAUUCCAGUUUACGCGCUCGCGUUCAAUAUUUGAAAGCUUCGAUUGCUCGACGAAAGAAAUCGUUCGUCAUGCGUAUGUCUCAAAUUGCUAAUGAUGAUAAAGUCUCUCAAUUGAAUUCAGCACAACAGGCUGAAUACCUUCGUGUAGUCGAUAGUUCGUCGAAGAAUGCGCGUGGUCUAGCACGACGUGCUGUUACACAAGGUUUAGAUUUCAACGAGAUCCUUCGAAAAGAAGUUCGACAAAUGGCUGAACAUGUCGAUGAAUUGAAAGAUAUCGAUGACGAUAAUCAUUUAGUUUCAUUUUUCUCACAAGAUACUACCCUCGGUGGAAUUCGAGCUGUAUGUCAACUAGUUGCCGAUGACUUGUUAGAUGAUUUAGAUGCGAAUGAUAUCCUACGAAUGAUAAAUAUCGUAGGUAUAGCAUGUUCAGGUCCAAUCGGAGAAUUUCCUGAUCCAAUGACUUGGCGAGUGAAUGAAAUCUUUCCAGGUUGUUACGUCAGUUUAGCUGAUGUCUUAAUGGCGUUUGUUCAAUCCCACGGACAACCAUUACGAACUCCGGCAACGAAUAAAGACAUUGCAAAUGUCAUUCCGAUCAUCGAAGACCAACGCAUUGCUAAAUUUCUACAAAAGUAUGCUCCUUCGGUAUUGGAAUAUACCUGUUCUAUUGGCAUGCGGCGUUUAGUAGCAGAUGUCCCUAUGACAGCUGGUUACACAAUCUGUGCUGGUAUUUGGAAACUAGUCGAAGACUUAAACACGAACAAAUCGGAAUUGCAAUUGAAAACAUUCGAACAUCUCGUUAAAACUUAUGAAGUUGUCGUUGGAAAUUACUUCCAACAUAUCAUGCCUUAUAUCAAAGAACAGAAUACUUCCAUGUCGUACUACAUCGCUAAUAACGGAACAACGAAUAUGAUUAGUCCACUGAUAAAAUUACUUCGUGAGAAGGACACGAAAAAAUUGCAGCAGAUUCCAAAGAUUUUACGUGCUCUGUACACUUAUGAAAUUUGGCAAGCCGUUCGUCGGCAAUAUAAGAAUCGUGAUGAUUCCGAUUUGAUUGCUCAGAAGAUGCUUGAGCGACUGAUUGGUUUAGAUUUAAAUGCACACAGAACACCACUACAAGCAUUGUACGAACCUGAACCACAGUUGGCUGACAUUGCCUUUCAUGAUCAGGUUCAUAUCGACAAUUCCUAUCUCGAUGAAUUAUUACAAACAGUUUAUUAUGUUGACUAUGUAACGCUUCUACCGAAGUAUCUCUCCGCUGCUGUGAAUGGCGAUAUUGAAAGUAUCAAACAAAUACCAGCCAUCGAUGAAAGUUUCAUUUGCAAAGAAUUACAGAUUGAUUACGAUUUAGAAACAUUCAAAUUCUACAAUGUUUUCCAAGCAUUAGUUUACACGAGUAAAUCGAGUCGAGUGAAUAGUGAUAACGAAACGAUGAAAAUGAUCGACUUAGUUGAUGAACAAGCGGCACGAAAGAUUGUCCAAGAUUACAUUCGUAAACGCUUUGAAAAUCAAUAUGCAACCGAUCUGGCAACGAAAGGACAAACAGAACGAACGGCAUUAGCUUCAACAUUGGUGCAGUCCAUUCUUGAUGCGCCAAAACACGAUGAGAUGGUGAUGCUAUUGCGAGAGGGUUUAACACGUGGGAAAGUCCGAGCCAACAUUGCCAAUACAUCAAGUUUAGGAUAUGCAGAAUUGAAAAAUCGAUGUUUAGAUUUAAACGAGCAAGUUCCUCGACGUUUAGAUAUUCUGAAGGUCAUCUUAUUAGGACGAGAUUAUAAAAAAAAUGAUGAGCCAGUUUGGAAUAAUGGCAAUGCUUUGUUUACAUCUCAACUAGCCGAAUUCGAACAUGUCUUUGUGACGUUGGGUUACGCUGAAGAAUGGGCGCUGGUCAAAGCAGAGCAUAUGAAACGAAAUCUGUAUACUUAUCGCGAUGGAUUCAAUCGUCAUGGACAUGGGAAUACAAAACCUUCGUAUUGGGCAUAUGGUUAUAUGACUCUGCAGUUGUACAAGGAGAACAGUUCAUGUGAAGAUUUCGAAGAAUAUUGUAAAAUACAUCAUAAUUGCUGUGGAGUAUCGCAAAUUUCACAGUUGUUGAAGUAA